AUGUCGCAGGACCCUGCUACUGCUACUGCUGCUUCUUUGGAUGCCUCGCCCACUACACAGAAGCGCAAGGCAUCCUCGCCUGGACCGGUUGGUAAUGGUGGCCAUGAGAGAUCUGUCUCGCCCAAGCGGCAGCGCCGAGAAUCCGAGUCCGAGUCCAUUCGCAAUGGCGCAAAUGGAAGGGCGGCGACGUCACCCACAACAACCGACCGCCGACAGAGCGCAUCGAUAGAAGAGAAGCGUCGCGGCAAGCGGCUGUUUGGCGGCCUGCUGAGUACACUUAGUCAGACGAACAAGAGCUCAUCCCAGCAGCGAAAGAGACACGACGUUGAGCGGCGACAGCAGGCAAGAGUCUCGCAGCAAAAGACAGAGGACGAUGCGCACCGCGAGGCUCGACUAGCCAAGCUCAAGGCGACGAGGCAACGGGAGCAGAUUGCUUGGGAGGAGCGAGUUCUGCGGACGAAACAUGACCAUGUCACCAACACGGCGCGCUUUCUCCAAACCGAAUCUGAGCCCAAGAUCUACUAUCUUCCUUGGGAGUUGACAUCAAGACAAGAAGCUCUCAUCAAGGACCAGAUCCGCGAUGCAGACGAAUUGGUUGAGAAAGAAACGCGUGAGUUCAAGCAAAGGAAAGCGCAGAGACUGACUGCUCUUGGUGUCCCUCCCUCCAAGCCAGACUCUGAGCAUGUACCUGUAUCUGAACCUGCACCCGUCCCCGCACCUGAUUCUGGCCCUGAGUCACAAACAGCCUCUGCGGACCCAACAGCGGAGCCACCCACGAGCAUACCGGGUAAAGUUGACAUUGAACUCGUGUCUGAUCAUUCCACUCAUCGUGAUAACCCUACUGAGACUGCUGACGGACAUGUUACCGAUCAUGCCAGCAAGGCUGGUCUUCACCAGGAAAGAGACAAUGAUGACACUGAGGACAUCAUAAUUAAGGGAGAUGAAGACACCGUCAUCUACUAA